AUGGCGAGUCAAAGGCUAACGCUGGGCCUGGUCUGCCGCACGCUCGACGUCGAGCCAGAGGCGCUGCAUACCGUAAAAACGCUGCGCCUGGAGCGGCUGCGCCUCGCCGCCCUCUGCCCCCUCGACGCGCUGGCCGGCUCGCUGCGCGAGCUGUACCUGCGCGACAACCGCCUGGAGACGCUGGACUGCGCCGAGGCGCUGGCCGCGCUGGCGCCCCACCUGGCGGUGCUGGACCUGGCGCGGAACCGGCUCGCGGAGGUCCGCGGGCUGGCGGCGCUGCGCGGCCUCCGCGUGCUGGACCUCAGCGCGAACGAGCUCGCGCGCGACCCCGGCGCCGACGAGCUGCCGCUCGCGUCGCUGACGGUGUUGGACCUGCGGGGCAACCCCUUCGGGAAGACGCGCGUGACGGCGGGCCCCGUCCUGGAGGAGCUGGACGGCGAGGCGGUGGUCCCGCGGGCCGGCGGCGGCCGCUCGACGGUGACGGCGGUCGGGGACGCGGUGCGGCGCCCCGUCGCGCGGUCCGAGUGCGUCGUCUACGUGCCGCUGGUCGGCAACCGGCCCGGCGAGGCGGCGAAGCGGACGCUGGCGCUCCGCUUCGGCCGCGCCGACGACGUCGCGCGCGUCGCGCGCGACUUUUGCGCCGCGCACGCCGUCGACGGCGCGGACGCGGUCCGCGAGCUGACGGAGAUCUGCCGCGCGGCCGCCGCCGCGCCCCCGCGGCUGGUCGGCCCGGACCGCGGGGACGCCGGCGCCGCGCUCGGGCUCGAGGCCCAAAUCGAGGAGACGGGCGACGCGCUCGCGCGGUGCGCGCGCGGCGUCGACGGCGCGCUCGCCGGCGCGCGGGCGACCGCGGCGGCCGCGGUCGAAAAGCGGCGCGCGGCCGCGCGCGCGCGCGCCGCCGCCGCCGCCGCCGCGCCCACCGCCGCGGCGCGCGCGGACGAAUCGGCCAGACGCCGCGCGGCCGCGGCCGCCGAGGAGGCGGCGGCGCGCCGGGCGUUCGCCGCGUCGGUCCGCGCGCGGCUCCCCGCGGCGUACGAGUCGUCGCCAAAGGCGAAGCGGGCGCCGCCCUCGCGGCUGCCCGAGGCGCCGCGCGACGACGAGGAGUUCGACCGGUACACCGCGGCGCCGGCCGAGCUCGACGCGCGGCCGCCCGACGCCUACGACGCCGCCGACGACUCGUCCGACGACUCGUACGCUGCGGCGUAA